GAAUGAAAGAAUGUGAUCACAGAGGCAGUGUAAGUCGACAGUGUCAAGCAAGACAAGUACUAGGGCCAAGCUGACGAAAUGUCCCUAAAGAUUAAACUGGAGGAGUUUAUGGCAGUUUUAGCAUUAUAAGGGCCUCACAAACACUAAAGGAUUGAUCCUCUGUCAGCACAAUGGAUGUUAUACCUCGUGGAAAAUUUGGAGUGGCGGUUGUACUACUAAAACGUUCGUGCCACCGGAUUCGUUCGAAACCACUGUUAUCCCAAACUCAUCUGAUAUCUGGUGGUAAUGUGUCAAAGGCUGUCUACAAUGGAGGACUCACCAAAGUAUCUAGAAAGAGUAUUUUGUUUGCUCUCUAUGAUACCCCAAUGUCCAAAGAUAUGCGAUAUUUUAGUCAAGUCUGUGCUCAACGCAACUUAGGAAGGAACAGUCAUGCGUCACUACUGCGUGUUAAACCAAUUUCUUUAGUAUCAGUUCCUUCUCGUGGGGUAGGCAUGCUUAUUGCUAGAGCAAUACGAGGUGUUUUAAAACUGCGUUACAUUGUUCUGGGUGGAGCAAUUAGUGGGGGAAUGAGUCUAAGCAAGUCUUAUGAUGAGUGGAAAAAAAGCCUACCAGUUCUUCCUGAUAUGUCAUGGCUUGAACAAUAUUAUCCUGAACCAGAAAAAAUUGAUUCUGUAUUCACAUCACUUCAGGGUAUUCGGGAUAAAGUUGUUGGAAACCUUGGAAACAUUGAAUUAGACCCCAGAUUGCGUACUCUUGGUGAAGAGAAAGUUAAAAAUAUGAAAGAGUGGUGGGAUAUGAAGCUAGAAAAUGCUAUUGAGGCUGCAAGCAAGGAGGAAGGAGAUGUUCGCUCUUCCAGACUUAUGAGUGGUGUUGAAAAUUUGGUGGACCAUUUAGGCCAACUUGUUACAGGGGUAAAAAGUGACAUUGUCCUUCAUGCAGCCCCAUUCACUCGUGCAGAUGAAGAAAGACGUAAACAAGAGACGUCUCAACAACGAUUAGAAGCAAUGCAGUCUGAGCUUAUUGCCAUACAGCUCAAAUACCAAAAGGAACUGGAACGCCUUGAGAAAGAAAAUAAGGAGCUAAGAAGACAAAUUUUACUGAAAGGGAGCAAGGUUGAUACGAAGAAACUAAAGAAAUCUCUUAUUGAUAUGUAUUCAGAAGUUCUGGAUGAAUUGAGUGAUUAUGAUACCAGUUAUCAAACUCAAGAUCAUCUCCCAAGAGUAGUUGUUGUAGGAGAUCAAAGUUCUGGUAAAACCUCUGUUCUUGAGAUGAUAGCACAAGCACGUAUAUUUCCUAGGGGUGCUGGAGAAAUGAUGACAAGGGCUCCAGUGAAAGUAACCCUCAGCGAAGGACCGUAUCACAUUGCAGAAUUUAAAGACAGUGCUCGUGAGUUUGAUCUGAGCAAAGAAUCAGAUCUUGCCGAUCUGAGACGGGAGGUGGAAAUUCGUAUGAAAAAUAGUGUUCUCGGGGGCAAAACUGUAAGCAAUGAAGUAAUCUCUAUGUCAGUGAGAGGGCCUGGUCUUCGAAGAAUGGUGCUUGUGGACUUACCUGGAAUUAUUAGUACCCAGACUGUUGACAUGGCCACUGAUACUCGUGAUGCCAUCAGACAGAUGACACAGACAUACAUGUCAAAUCCAAAUGCUAUAAUUCUUUGUAUUCAAGAUGGUUCAGUUGAUGCAGAGCGUAGUAAUGUGACUGACCUUGUGUCUCAAAUGGAUCCGCAAGGGAGGAGAACUAUCUUUGUUCUUACUAAAGUUGAUCUGGCAGAACAAAAUCUCACUAAUCCAGAUAGAAUCAAAAAAAUACUGGCUGGCCGUCUUUUUCCCAUGAAGGCUCUUGGGUACUAUGCCGUGGUAACUGGAAAAGGUGGAAAAGAUGAAUCAAUCCAAUCUAUUCGUGAUUAUGAGCAAACAUUCUUCCGCAGUUCCAAACUUUUCAAAGAUGGAGGCAUUCUUUCAAGUCAAGUCACAACUCGAAACUUAACGUUGGCUGUAGCAGAUUGCUUUUGGAAGAUGGUUCGUGAUACAGUUGAGCAACAGGCUGAUGCCUUCAAAGCUACAAGAUUUAAUUUGGAGACUGAAUGGAAGAACAACUUUCCUAGGCUGAGAGAGUUGGACCGAGAUGAAUUAUUUGAAAAAGCACGAGGCGAAAUCUUGGAUGAAAUUGUUAACCUGAGUCAAGUUUCACCUCUCCAGUGGGAGGAAAUGUUUAUGAAAAAGAUUUGGCAAAAAGUUAAUACACAUAUUUUUGAAAAUAUAUACCUUCCAGCAGCUCAAACAAAUGAUGCAGGGAUGUUCAACACAACAGUUGACAUAAAACUCAAGCAGCUAGCUGAUCAACAGUUACCCCAACGAGCUGUUGAAACUGGAUGGGAAGGUUUGCGUGAAGAAUUUCAACAUUUUAUGAACCAAGCAAAGCAAUCGAAAGGCCAUGACAAUAUUUUUGAUAAUCUGAAAGAAGCUGUUGUUAAUGACGCAUUCCAACGCCAUACUUGGGAAGAUAAGGCGUCAGAAAUGUUGCGAGUUAUUCAACUUAACACCCUCGAAGACCGCUCAGUAACAGAUAAACGACAAUGGGAUCUAGCAGUGAAGUUCUUAGAAGAAAGUCUGAGAGAAAAGUUAAAGGGAACCGAGGAAAGGAUCAGAGAUUUAGUAGGACCUGGAAGAAGUGAACGAUGGCUGCACUGGACCUAUCAAACUGAUGAACAGAAAAAACGGAGUGCUGUAAAAUCCGAGUUGGACAAAGUUUUAUAUUCAGACCAUAAACAUGCACCUUCACUUUCAUAUGAUGAAUUAGCAGCUGUACGAAAAAAUCUGCAGAGAUCUGGUGUGAAUGUGGAGAAUGAUUAUGUGCGAGAUACAUGGCAUGUUGUUUUCCGGCGCCAUUUCUUAAAUCGUAGUCUUGCUCGAGCAUAUGACUGUCGCAAAGGUUUCUAUUUGUACAAUCAAGGUCUUGAAACUGAGCUUGAGUGCAGUGAUGUUGUUAUGUUUUGGAGGAUUCAUCAGGUUUUGAAAGUAACAUCAAAUGCUCUCAGGCAGCAAGUAAUGAACAGAGAAGCCCGUCGUCUUGAAAAAGAAGUGAAAGAAGUGCUUGAAGACUAUAGUCAAGAUCCAGAAAAGAAACAAAAACUUCUCACUGGGAGAAGAGUUCUCUUAGCUGAAGAACUAAAACGAGUCCGGUUAAUACAAGAAAAAUUAGAAGAAUUUAUUCAAGCCCUGAACAUGGAAAAGUGAAAUUGCCCUUAAUUGGCUUUAUGGAAAAUAAAGAUCCUUGUUCAGGACUUUUGUCAUUUGAAGGCUUUACAGCCAAAAUCUAGGAAGGAAUCCUCUGUCCCAGAAGACAUUUUUUUCUUGAAUUGCUGUGAUUUUUUUAGUGUAAAUUCUUUUGAUGUUUGUAGAUGUAUCCUAAACAUUUAUUGUAUGGAAAUUAGACUUGCCUUUCCUACCUAAUGUAUUUGCCAUUUCCUAAGUUGGAAUUUUUAAAAAAUGUUAGAUUGCUUUUUAUAAUAAUGGUUGAAAGUAUAGAGCAUGGACAUCUUCUGUGUGAAGCUAAUACCCUAGUGGCAAUCAUGAUUUUAAGAACAUUUCAAAAUAGCCCGUGCUACUAGGGUGCCCUUAGUCAAACUUAAGGAUUUUUAAGUUUAUUGUGUUUGAGCCACUUUAAUUGUCACAUUUUUUGCAAUUGCAAAGUGUAAAUGAAAGAAAGCAGAAUAAAUUUCACAUUUUUGGAAAUUUGUCAGAAAACAGACCUGUAUACUGUAUGUGAAUUGAUUAUGUGUCAGAGUAUCUGUAUGUGGCAUUAAUGCCAGGGUGAAGUAAAUCUGAGUGCCAGACUCAAUAAAUUCUGGACUGUUAAGAACCUUUAGUUUCUUCCUAUUCAAAUCAUGUAGAACUGGACUAUACUGAAAUAAUUCUUUUAUAAUGAAUUGCUUCUGUGUUAUUUAUUCAGGAAGUGUAAUAAAACAUGAAACCAAAUGCUUUGAAUUUCUUUUAAA